CCCGGCAACGAGCGGGGAAACGGCCGGUGUUGGUGGCGCGCGGCCGGGCGGGACUGGCCGGCGUUGGUUGAGGCAUGCCGGAGCGCGGCGGGGGCACUUUUCGGAAACUCCGGGGCGCGGAGAAACAUGGCACUCCCUACGCUGCCCUCCUACUGGUGCAGCCGGAGGCUCCUGGAUCAGCAGAUGGCCCGACAGCGACACCGAGAGCAGGAGGCCCGGCUUCGGCAGCAGUGGGACCAGAACAGCCGCUACUUCAGGAUGUCUGAUAUCUGUAGCUCCAAACAGGCGGAAUGGAGCUCCAAGACCUCCUACCAGCGGAGCAUGCAUGCCUAUCAGCGGGAGAAGAUGAAGGAGGAGAUGAGGAAGCAGCUGGAAGGCAGACGGGACAGACUCAGGCAGCUGCUGCUGGAGGAGCAGGACCUCCUGGCCAGAGAGCUGGAGGCGUCGCGGCUAAGCGUGGACUUGCAGGAGGGAAGGAUCCGGGAGCGGUGCGGCAAUCUGAGGUCGGCCCGAGAAGAGCAAAGGAAACUGAUUGCUGAACAACUUUUAUAUGAACACUGGAAAAAGAACAACCCCAAACUUCGAGAGGUGAAAACCUUUGAUUUGCCUAACCCUAAGUGGUUAAACCCUGACCCUUCCCGUCUCUAUCUUGGGAACCAUCGGAAGCCUCACGAAUGUCUGCUCUCAGUGCCGAGUGCAGAAAGGCGGGGCCGUGGGAGUGGGAGGCAGGGGCCACAGAAGGGCUCCCCCCGCUCCCCCUGUGCUUACUUGGCCACCCUCCAGGAGGCGGACAAGCGCAUCCUGCAGGCGCUCCUCGAGAGGGAGGACGAGAACCAGCGCAUGCAAUUGGCCAAGAGGGCGCAGGCCGUGGCCGACGCGGCGUGGAUGAAGCAGGUCAUCGAGGAGCAGCUGCAGCUGGAGAGGGAACGGGAGGCAGAGCUGCAGCUGCUGUUGAGGGAGGAGGCCAAGGAGAUGUGGGAAAAGAGAGAGGCAGAGUGGGCCCGGGAGAGGAGCGCCCGAGACAGACUGAUGAGUGAGGUUCUGACAGGGAGACAACAACAAAUACAAGAAAAGCUUGAACAAAACCGACGGGCACAAGAGGAGUCGCUGAGACACAGGGAGCAACUUAUUCAGAAUCUUGAGGAAGCCAGAGAGUCAGCUCGUCGUGAGAAAGAGGAGAGUGAAGAACUGAAAUCAGCCAGGAAACAGGAGCUGGAGGCCCAGGUUGCAGAGCACCAGCUGCAGGCAUGGGAAGAGGACCAGCAGCAGGAGGAGGAAGAAGAGGCGGCGAGGCAGGCAGAGCGGCUCACCGACACCCUGCUACAGCAGGAGGCGAAGACGAUGGCCAAGCGGGGCUACCAGCCCAAGCCCUACGGACAUCCCAGAAUUGCUUGGAACUGACUUUGUUGGGAACGUAAGCACAGAGAGCAGGGACGCUGAGGCCUGUGAUACGCAGGUGCCAGACAGUUGUACCGUGUUCUGUUCGAGUGUUCGGGUCACUGCAGAACAGUUGAGUGAACCUGUUCGGGUCCACAGUUACCCAGAGCAAGGGCCUCACCGGACUAAGGGGUUGUGGAGAGGCAGCACCCAGCAGGAGGCCCUUUCCUGCCUUUCGUAUCCAAGGAUGGGGCUCUUAGAGUCACACACUGACAAUACUGUCACGCAGUCCCUAGACUUAGAAAGUCAGACUCUGCAACCGCGCUAGGAGCUGUGCGGUGUGUCCUGUGACAGGAUAUAUGGUAUCCUGUUGCCUCAAGCUAAUUGUCCACCACCAGUGAAGACUCCCACUGGAGAGAUGAGGGAAGUUUCUCAGUUCUUAAACUUGCUAUUUAAAUUUCAUUAUUUGGUUGCGAGCAAACUCGUAAGUCUUGGUGCAGUUUAUUUCAGGGUUUAUUAAUUUAGCAGUCCCAGAAGUAUCACAUCUUGUUUUCUGGAAGAAAAAAAGCUAUGAACUCUGAGACAGUCUGAUGUGCUCCACAGAUGCUUUCUGGAAAGGUAGCAAGAAGUGGGUGUUUCCUCCUUCAGGAAACAUUUGGUAGAACUUCCAUAGAGUGCCCUGUGUGGGCUGAUCCCAACAUGUAUGUGACUGAGCCCCAGAAGGGAGCCUCAAAAGGCCACCUGGGUGGCUAACCUUCGGGCAUAACACUUUGGACCUCUUGUGUCUUGGGAAGGUCUUGGCAAUAUGCAGCCUUGUGGGAUGUGUGUGUGCAGAGGAAGGGGCACUGAGCCUGAAGGAAGUAGAUCACACUCAACCAGACUGACCAGAACUGCCUCUUCCCACUGUUCUAUCAACAUGACACAGUUCUAGAGUAAUCUCGGCAUGGAGUACAAGUUCCCUGCAGCAAUAAUCAUAUUUUUGUGACUUGUAUUUUUUUUUUUUUCAGAUUCUUCCUCUGAGGUUUCAGUUUUCAUUAUAUUAUAUUUAAGAUUGCCUGUCUCAGUAAAUUACAGCUAAUUAUAGGGCUAUGUGCCAGGUUAUUAAAAACCUGAGUUUAUUAAAAAAAAUCCUGAGUGUAAGGGCUGCAUUGCCUUCCCCAUGCAUUGUGCUAUAAAAACAAAUGGAGCAGCAAACUGCAUCCUUAAUACGUUUUUCGUUUUCUUGUCUUGAAUUUCUUUGGCUAUGAUCCCCUGAGCACCACUUUCAUUAUGCUUGCUUUUAUUUGCUUCCCGUUUGAGACGUUCAUUUAUUGUGAAAUAAAGUUCUGGUGUGACGGCA